GGGCGGGGCCUUUGCGGCAGCACGGUGGGAUCAGUAUGGCUACCGAGGGGGAUGUGGAGCUGGAGUUGGAGACUGAAACCAGCGGCCCAGAGCGGCCUCCGGAGAAGCCACGGAAGCAUGACAGCGGUGCGGCGGACUUGGAGCGAGUCACUGACUACGCAGAGGAGAAGGAGAUCCAGAGUUCCAAUCUGGAGACGGCGAUGUCCGUGAUUGGAGACAGAAGAUCCCGGGAGCAGAAAGCCAAACAGGAGCGGGAGAAGGAACUGGCCAAAGUCACCAUUAAGAAGGAAGAUCUGGAGCUGAUAAUGACAGAGAUGGAGAUCUCACGAGCAGCAGCAGAACGGAGCUUGAGGGAACACAUGGGCAAUGUGGUAGAGGCUCUUAUUGCCUUAACCAACUGAUCUUUGCUUUCUCAGACCCACUCACUGGAUUAUUUUAUUUCAAUAAAGACUUAUUCUUAUUUUGCA